AAGAAUCAUCAUCAUCAAUAAAAAGGGUAAAAAAGGGUGUUUUUUUUUUCAAUUUUCAAGAAGAUAAUAAUGGCUGGUACAAAAACAAAUGACUUUCAAGAUAUGUUGCCAAUGAUGGCAAAUAAGCUUGGUGGGGAUGGUUUAAUUAGAGAGCUGUGUAAUGGGUUUAGGCUAUUAAUGGAUAAGGAAAGAGGGGUUAUAACUUUUGAGAGUUUGAAGAAGAAUUCAGCACUUCUUGGAUUACAAAAUUUGAGAGAUGAUGAGUUGAUGAGUAUGUUGAGAGAAGGUGAUUUGAAUGGAGAUGGUCAUCUUGAUCAGAUGGAGUUUUGUGUACUUAUGUUUAGAUUGAGUCCUGAAUUGAUGGAAGAAUCUGAAGAUUUGCUUGAAAUUGCUCUGCAACAUGAAUUUAAACCUAAUUCAGCUAGGUGAUUUGUGGUCUUGUAACUCAAUUUGAGACUGAUAAAAGGGAAAAUUAUGUAACUUAGUUUUUUCUUUCUUUUGGGGUCUUGAUUAUUGACUUGUUUCAUGUUGAAAAUUGUAAUAGCAAAGAUGGAAACAAGAAUUGGGAAUUUGAUUUCUUACACAAAUAUACAUAUUCUUUGUAAUUUCUA